AUGAAGCGAUGGAAGUUCAAACCGUUUGAGGGCAAGGAUGUACGAAAGAGUACGGUUCCCUCUCCUCCAAGAGGCCCGACCAACGACACGACCAAGCUAGAGUCUUCACUGGUCUCCAUUCUCGAGAUUGAGGACAUCAAAUACGAUCUACGCGCAUUUGGUGGCCUCAUGAUGCCAAACCUCGUUCCCCAGAUUGGUUCUAAUCCAGCGCUGGACACCAGCAUAUCUGCUCUGUUGGCCCUGUACCGUGUCCGCUUGUACAACUACUCCAAAGUGGAUGCCUUGACCAAGUAUGGCCAGGCGUUAAGGUCUAUGAGGGAAACAUUGAACGACCCAGCUCAGUCAAUACGUGUUCCUCUGCAGACGUGGGUCGAUCGCAAGAACGCAGAGCCGCACCGACAAGUUGUGUCACAUCUAUUUCGAGAGGCCAUCACACAAGGAAAAUUAUCAGAGAUUGAACCAAGCUACGUCUACGGUCUUUGCCAGUUAGCUGUCUAUGCAAGCUGGUUGAACCCCAAUUUCCAAUUAGGCCAGUGGUUCUGGGACGCCUGCCGGACUGUCGAUAGCCCUCGGCCCGUCAGAUAUCAUCAAGGAUCCUUCCUUUGCCUCGAAGUUGGAACUAUGGCCGAGGUGACACACUACUUAAGUGACCCAGAACGGUAUCUUGCCGGACUGGAAUGUGUGUAUCGCCUCUUUCAAGUAGAGAAGCCACAAGUUCGCCAUCUCCUCGCGCUGUCGACAAUGAGCGCACUGUCACCAACUGCCACUCCAAUGGACACCAAAGUAUGCGCAUCCUACCGAUUUGCUUACACGAUUAUGCUUGGAUUAGGGUCAAUUCUGAACUACUUCAUCCGCAUAUUCGACAGCAACCCCAUACUUCUUGAAGAGUCGCACCAUAUCAUUGACGAGUCUAUCUGGGUGGCUCAUGAGUACUCCCAACUUCGGCCCUACGGAGCUACCUUCGUACCUGACUACCUGAAGAUGGUAUGGGCAUCUAUAACCGACUUUCACCGUUCUACAGAGAUUGAAGCCAUACUCAUCGACUAUCAAAAUGAUUUUGAGGGCGCAGCAUAUCUGGAAGAGGCACUUGCAAUAAAGCAGCGCCUUCAAAGGACGAAAAAGGCUUAUGCUCGUCCCAGGGCAGUUCAAGAACCCCCCAGCGGUACAAAGCUGCUGGACGCAGAUGCUACACAUCACCCAUCAGCAAUGAGCGAGUGUAUUGUGCUCUAG